ACGCCCGGUAAAAACCUAAAUUCCACUCCCUCCCUCCUCCUUUUCCUCCUCUCUCUCUCCCUUGCUGCGCCGCCGCCACCUCUCCUCCUUUUCCUCCCCUCUCUCCCUUGCUGCGCCGCUGGCUCUCCUCCUCUCUCUCCCUUGCUGCGCCGCUGGCUCUCCUCCUCUCUCUCCCGUGCCGCCCCACUCCUCCUUCUCCCCAUGCUAGCCCCUCCACCUGCCAUCUGCAGCGCCAUAGGCGGUCAGAUCGUUGGGGUGAGCAGGCGGCCAUCUCUGGUGUGUCCUAUGGAGGAGCGGAGGUGGGUGAGGAUGAUGGUGAUGGCGACCAGAGGCCCAUGGCAGUGGGAUGGAGGAAAGAUGCAGAAGGCCGGCAAUAGGCGAGCCAUGAGCCAAGGGACGGCGUUCCUUCUCUGCUGAGGAUUUGGGGAUUGCUCAGGUUUGGAGCAGCAAACCAUGAAGAUAUGGGGUUGCACGGGAAGCCACCAUGAUUCGCAGUUUGAAUUGUCCCUGCAGCGGAUUGGGGUGGAUAUGCUCGGCACCGGCGCACCACCCAGCAUCCGUAGGCAACAAAAGGAUGAUGGGGAGACCAAGCGAAGUAUUCAUGAUGCUCUGUGUGUUGCAAGGAAUCUGAUCAUCAACAACUCAAUUGUGUAUGGUGGUGGCUCAGCAGAAAUAUCUUGCUCAAUUGUUGUUGAAGCUGCAGCGGAUCGGCAUCCUGAAGUUGAGCAGCUUUACCUGAAAACAGUGGUGGCGCUGGUCGGUCGUCGCCUCUCCACCGGCUAUUGUUUGGCGGCGUCAAGCAGAACGCCGAGGAUGCGCCGCUCUGUCUCAGGGCUCAACGCCCACUUGGACGCAGAGGUUGGCAGGUUCUCGCUCUUCACCGGGGCUCCGACGGUCGUGCUUGGUGUGGCAGCGCUGGACAGCGGCAAGAAGGAAGAGCAUGCGCGGCCCGCGAUGCCAGGCCCCUGGCCCUCCUCCCUCAAGCUCAAGGCGGCGAUGAGAUGGUUGGAAUGGUGCUGCUGCUCCGUAGGUACUAGGAAUCAGGUUUUAUGCUCGGUGGGGAUGUUGUUUGUCUACUUUUAUCUUAUGCAAAAUAAGACGUCGCCACGGUUCGCCAAGAUCGAUUUCGCCACUUAUGACGGCACAGAGGACCCGCUUAAGUGGCUCAACCAGUGUGAGCAGUUUUUCCGUGGCCAGCGCACGCUCGCGUCGGAGCGCACUUGGCUGGCAUCCUACCACCUGGCAUCCUACCACCUCCGCGGUGCAGCCCAGACCUGGUACUACGCCCUCGAGCAGGACGAGGGCAGCAUGCCUCCUUGGGAGCGCUUCCGCGAGCUCUGCCUCCUUUGCUUUGGGCCUCCGGUUCGCGGGAGCCGCCUGGCAGAGCUCGGCCGCCUUCCCUUCACCUCCACGGUGCAGGAUUACGCCGACCAUUUCCAGGCCCUGGCAUGCCAUGCGUCGGGUGUGACGGCGCAGCAGCGGGUCGACCUCUUUGUCGGUGGACUUCCGGAUCACAUCCGCGUGGACGUGGAGCUUCGGGGACCCCAGGAUCUCCAGUCGGCCAUGUACUGCGCCCGCGCGUUCGAGCGCCGCGCGGUGGCCAUCCAGCAGGAAUCACCGUCCCGGACCGCUGGGUCGCUUCCCGGGCCGGAUUCCGUGCAAGGUCGGCCUACGCAGGCUUCUGCGGCACCCCUCGCCGCGACCGCGGCGCGCCCGUUCCGCCGGCUCACCUCAGCUGAGCUACUCGAGCGUCGCCGCCAAGGGUUGUGCUUCAACUGCGACGAGCCCUACACGCCCGGCCAUGCCUGCCCUCGACUCUUCUACCUGGAGGUUGCAGACUACAUUCCGGAGGACACCGUCGCCGCCGACCUGGCCGCCCCAGCUGUCGAGAAGGUGUUUGACGCUGGUUGA